AUGGCAGCCUUACCGCACCAACUUGAACAGAUCGAAGGACUGGGUCUAACGGUUUACGCCGAUGACGCGACCAUUUGGACGCAGACCGGAGACCUGUACCAACAACAAGAAACGCUACAAGCAGGCUUGGACGUCAUCGAGAAUCACCUGCGGAAGGUGGGACUCAGUGCGGCACCGGAGAAGACCAAGUAUGUGGUCCUAGCCCCUUUUAAGGAGAGGACAGAAAAGAUUGGGGAGAAGAUGACCCUGGUGCUGGCUGGGAAAAGGAUUCUCCCGUCUCGAGAGGUCAAAGUGCUUGGUCUGGUCUUCGAGGAGACUGGUACAGGGGACAUCUGGCUUCAACAAACAAGCAGACAUUGCCACUCAGCGCUGGGAGUCAUCCGCAGACUAUGCAGCGUUAGAGGGGGAGCGACUCUAGAGGUGGCCAAGAACAUGGUCAAGGCACUCGUGACAUCGCGGGUUUGCUAUGGCGCGAGACACUACAAUCUAACCAAAGUUCAGUGGGAAAGACUCGAGACACUCAAUAGGCAUGCGAUGAGAGUGAUUACGGGCCUACCCGUUUUUACUAAAAAGAUAGAAUUAGAGAAAUGGGCGCAGCUCAACACUUUACAGGACACGGUCCAGGCCAGGGUCGUGGCGCACGAAGAAAGACUUCAACACACAAAGCAAGGAAGACAGAUCCUGGGGCUGCUGGGCAACAACCUAGAAGACCUACCAAACCUGCCAGAAUGGCUUCCGCCGUGGGAAGACAUGGCAGACAUCACCGAAAGGAGGCCUCUUAGAGACAAGAAAGGGGACGAAAAAAGGAACGAGCGGAUUGCCAAGGCACACCGGAAGAUGGUGGAGCACUGGACCGACCCGAGCGAGAUCCUGGCAGUAUACACAGACCACGCAAGAGACGACACGCCGACGCCCGCUGGGGCAGCGGCGUUUCUCGCCCCCGCUGUGGAGGUCACGGAAUGCUGCCAACUACCCGCAAGAACCACUAUUAAGGGAGGAGAGCUCGAAGCCAUCCUCCUGGCUUUGAACCUCUUCGCGCAUCAACGGCAAGACCUACGCCCGAGGGAGCUCAGGCUCUUCACAGACUCCAAGGAGGCGGUACUAGAGUGUAAGAAAGCCUCCAGCGCAAGCAGGAAGGUCAAGGAAAUUAAGAAGAUGGCAGCCGAACUACGUCAACUUGGCACCACCAUCAAGAUAGGUUGGAUCCCGGGCCAUGCAGGGAUCCCCGGCAACGAAAAGAUUGAGACAAGGGAUGAAACAAUUUAUUUGAAACUACAGACAGGCACGAACAUGAUGGCGCAAACCACGAAAAAGAACGCACUCUAUUUGCGCGAAUGCCAACCUUAA